AAGGUCUGGAACUGUCUCUCUCUUCUCGAAGAAGUGAGCCUGUUUAUGAACAUUUUGCUGAUUCUUCCUACUGCACCGGCCCCUUUCAAAACUUCCUGUGGUUUUCAGACUUUCCUGUGGUACCAGAGUUGCUGCCAGAUCCAUAAUAUGUUGGUAUGGUAGUUGUAUUCCUGCGUGUAGAAACCUAGGAGCCAAGCUAAUGUGCUGUGCGGAAGUGUGGUGUCGCAGGGUGCUUUCACAGGAAACGAGCAGAAAGCUGAAGUGAACUUCAGAAGGGAGAGACCGCCUGCUGCUGAAGACAUCACAGGUUUCACAGCGACAGAAGAGAGAUUUGGGUGUAGACCAUGCCUGUCCCACCUCCUCCAGCUCCUCCACCGCCACCAACGUUACCUGUGGCAAAUACAGAAAAGCCUUCCUUAAGCAGAUCGGAGCAGGCAGGACGAAAUGCUCUUUUGUCAGAUAUUACCAAAGGGAAAAAACUCAAGAAGACUGUUACCAAUGACAGGAGUGGUCCAAUCCUUGAUAAACCCAAAGGAUCUGGUGGUGGCGGUGGUGGCGGCGGUGGCUUCACCAGUGGUGGCAGCAGCGGUGGUGGCGGUAAUAACUAUGGUGGUGGUGGAGGACCUCCUGGUUUAGGGGGUUUGUUCCAGGCAGGGAUGCCAAAGCUUAGAUCUACAAACAGGGAAAAUGAUUCUCCAGGAAGCAGAGCGCCAGUAUUUCCACCCGGAGGACGAGCAACGUCUGCUAAGCCUUUCUCCCCCUCCGGCAGCCCAGGGCGGGUUCCGGGCCCUUCUCUCGGGCAAAGAACACCAGCUCCAGAACUCCAGAGAAGUCGGAUGCCUCCCCCAAGACCGGAUGCUGGCUCCAGGCCGGACACUGGCGCGCCUCCUGUGCCGAAUACUCCAAGACCUAUCCCUUCCAGUCUGCACAAUCGGGGAGCUCCCCCUAUGCCAGGAGCAAGCAGACAAGCCAGCUUAGGGCUUACGCCUUCACCUUUCCCAGGAAGCAGAAAUCCAGGGUUUGGAGGAUCCGUUCGCCAGUCGUCCCCCAGCAAUCCUGCCUCCACGUCCCCUUUCUCAAACAGGCCUCCUCUUCCUCCUGCACCAGGCAGGCUGACAGAAGAGAAGCCGCCUCCACCACCACCUCCAAUGGGAUACAGGCCCUCUCUCAACAGGGAGCCUUCUCUGCCACCUCCUCCGCCUCAGAACAGCAAACCUCCAGUUCCCUCAACACCUCGACCAUCCUUUGGGGCUGCGGUUCCUCCUCCCCCUCCCCCGAGCAGGCCGGGGCCACCCCCGGUUCCUCCCACACCGGGUGGCAACGAUGACAUGCCGCGGCUGCCUCAGAGGAAUAUAUCGCUUGCGCCUCCCGCUCCACCCGGUCUGCCUGGCGGUGGUCGCACAGGGCCUCUCCCUCCCCCGCCAGGCGAGAGGCCGCCGCCACCUGUGAGAGACCCCCCCAGCCGGUCAGGAUCCCUUCCUCCACCCCCACCCCCAAUAAGCAGAAAUGGCAGCACUUCCCGGGCUUUGCCAGCCACCCCACAGCUUCCUUCCAGAGGAGGCUUUGAUAAGCACAGAGGCGGACCUGUGCCGCCGCCGCCUCCUCCGCCUGACAGACCUGGCUCUGGAGCCCCACCACCACCUCCUCCACCCUCCUCUGCCAUGAGAAACGGCUUCCAGGAUUCGUCGUGCGAUGAUGAGUGGGAAAGCCGAUUCUCCUUCCAUCCUCUGUCUGACUUACCACCUCCAGAGCCAUAUGUGCCCAUGAACAAAAGCUACCCCAGUAAACUGGCAAGGAAUGACAAUAGAAGUGGAUCCAGUCGCAGAGAAAGAGGUGCUCCCCCACUGCCACCUAUUCCAAGGUGAAACGUGAUCCUAAUAUUUCUCAGGAUGACAGCUUUUUAAAACGUCUCUUGAACCUCUCCACACAUUUGGUAUCGUGAAAAGCCUCCUCCUUUCUGGCACUUCUGAACACCAUCUCAGCCCCGGCUGAAUUUUCCGAUCAGGCUGGUAGAAUCCUGAUCAAAUAAUUUCCUCUAAAUUCCCAUUUAAUUCAAUGAGGAUUGAAGUGGUCCACAUUAGAAAUACACUUUAGUUUAUAAACUAUAGAUAUGUAGACUAUCCUCUUACUCCCUGCUUUGUGGAAUUAAGCUGCAGUGAAAUCAGUGGAACCUGCUUCCAAUAAGGUGCUUUGGACCCAGGUGGUAUGUAUUAUUCUUACCUAGAAAGCUGUCUUGAAAAGCUGAUUAGGGACCAUAUCAGUCACAUUAGAAAGUCCAAUCCUGUUCGUAGACUUGCCCUCACUAUCAAUGAGACCAAGCAUACUAGCUGCUGCUGUAUUGUGGGAGCAGGUAAUAUUUUAUCAAGUUUCAGUCUGAAACAUACAUUUUCAAAGCAUCUGUUCCAUCCAGGUAUACCCUUUAAACCGAAGUCUGAGACAUUAUAGAUCAAAUUGAUCUGAUCAGUUUUACUGCUGAAAAAAAUGAUGUGGCACAAGUGUCAAUAACUUCCUUUUCCGGAAAUAGGUGGAGGUAAUUUAGUGACAAUCUACAUGAUAUUUGUAAUUAAUUUAAUGCCAUCAUGUACAAAACAAAAAGGCCUCUUAUUGUUUAUAAUGGAGUAGCAGUUUUCACAAAGCCACAGAAAUACUCCAUGCUACAUUCUAGAGCAGCAUGUGGACAGAAGCAGCCUUCCAAGCCAAAAUGGAUAGGGGAAAUCACAUAUACAACUAGAUACUGUUAGCAGUGUUUGGCAGUGUGUGCAUUGUAGAACCACCACUAAAAAAAUAUUAAUAUGUCACUGACAGACAUUUCAGGAGCAGAGGCUCAGAUUCAUUCCCCCCCUGCCCCCCUUUCCCCUUCUGCUAAACAGAAUGGAUUUCUUCCUUCCUCUCUGUUCUUUAAAUAGGAUGAGCAAAGUCCUGCGAGCUAUGCACACAUGCCAUAGGACCGGGGUGCUAGAAUACAACAGUAUUAAAGUAUCAUGGUCUUCCGGGUGGCAAAUGCUCAUUUUGCUAACAGUUACAUUUUUAGACUUUUCCUCUGAAACAUGUAUUAUGCCAUAAUUCCCAAUUCAUUCAAUAAAUUAGAUUACUGUGAA